UCCGGGAGGCGGCUCGCGGCCUGUCGGCACGGUGACCGUUCGGUGGCGGACUACUACGUGGAGGCUCGAGGGGCAGGAUGGGAGGAGAAUGCCCUGGUCAUCCUUUACGCGCAGGGGCUAUCAGAGGGGAUGAAGGACGAACUCUCCUUCAGGGAGCUGCCUGAGCGACUGGAUGGCCUCGUCGACCUCUCGGUGCGGGUAGACAAUCGGCGUUGUGAGAGGGCGCACGAGAGAGGGAUGACGCAAGGUGCGCUUGUCCAAGAUGGAGAAGCAGAGAUGUCUGUGCCAGGGACGUUGCCUGUACAGGCAGGUUACCACUUCGACUCAUGCCCGGAGAAGCCGGGAAAUGGGAGGGCUCGCUAAUAUCGGGAGGGGUGCUAGCGAGCUGGAACCGAAACCCCAACCCUAGAGACUCGGGAAACCUGAUGGACACGGGGCUGGCCCAAGGGUGGAACAUUCCGUUACUCUCCCUCUCCGAGCCGGUUCCGGUCAUGGGCCUGGAUGGCCGGCCGUUGGGGUCGGGCUUCAUCACCCGGAGCACUGUCCCCGUGUGUCGGGUGGCAGGGGGGCUAUGGGAGGAUAUCCAGUUUUUCAUUGUGUCCCUUCGUCCUUGGGCACCCCUGGCUGGUCGCCCACAAACCCCGGAUAGACUGGUCCACGGGGCGGCUCAUCCUGGAGGGAGGCUCCGCCUCCAUCCUGUUCCGUUCUCCACCGACCACCAUCCCACACCACCUACCAGUCCUCACCUCUUCCCCAGGUCCUGCACUCCGAACCGCCUACCGCCCUAGACGGUGGCUACAGACUCCGUCACCGGCCCAGACCUGGCAGGCGUUCCCCAUGAGUAUUGGGAUCUGGCGGAGGGUGUUUAGUAAGAGGCGUAUCAAGGGCCUCCUCACAGGCCAUACAACAUGAACUGACUGUAAGAACUUAGCCUACAUUCAGGGGACCAAGAGGCUCAACUCGCGCCAGGCCAGGUGGGCGUUGUUCUUCACCAAGUUCCGGUUCACGAUCUCAUACCGUCUGGGGUCGAAGAACACCAAGCCUGAUGCGUUCUCCCGGCAUUUUGACCCCAUGGACCUGGUGGAGAGGGAUGACCCCAUUGUCCCCAAUGCCCUGAUUGCUGCCCCAGUUGCGUGGGGAAUCGAUAGGCUGGUCAGAGCAGCUCUACGGCGGGAGCCUGAUCCGGACGGAGGUCCAUCGGGGAGGAUGUACGUACCCAAGGCUGUGCACUGCUUCAGUGUGUGCACGCGUCCGACCUCACCAGCCAACCGGGGGUCGCGCCAGGAUGUUGGAGUUCCUGCGUAGGAGGUUCUGGUGGCCAUCAGCUGAGGGGGAUACACGCUCCUUCAUGGCUGCUUGCCCGGUGUGCGCGCGCAUGAAGAGCUCAUGUCAGCCCACGGCAGGGCUGCUCUGAAAUCUGCUUAUCCCCAAGCGCCCCUGGUCCCACAUCUCUCUGGAUUUCAUUUCCGCCCUACCCCACUCUGAUGGAUACACAGUCAUCCUGGUCGUUGUGGACCAGUUUUUGAAGGCUGUCCACUUCAUUCCCCUUCUCAAACUCCCGUCGGCCCGGGAGACGGCUAAGUUGGUGGUGCAGCACGUUUUCUGGGUCCACGGCCUUCUCCAAGAUGUGUUGUCGGAUCGAGGUCCUCAGUUCACCUCCAGGUUCACCUCCAGGUUCUGGAAGGCAUUUGCCACCUGCCUCAGCGCCUCCAUCAGCUUGUCUUCCGGCUUCCAUCCCCAGUCGAACGGGCAGACGGAGCGUGUCAACCAGGAUCUGGAGGGGGUGCUGAGGUGCUACGCCUCCAGCAACCCAGCUACGUGGAGUCAGCGACUGGUGUGGGCGGAGUACGCCCACAACACCCUUCUCUGCUCGUCCACCGGCCUGUCUCCCUUCCAGUGGCAAUACGGGUACCAACACCCCCUAUUCCCCGAGCAAGAGGAGGAGGCAGCGGUCCCGUUGGUCCAGGCCCACAUCAGUCGGUGUUGCUGCACCUGGGACAGAGGGUGUGGCUCUCCAGGAAGCUGUCUCCCCGGUUCGUCGGGCCUUUCAAAGUGGUCCGGCGAGUCAACCCAGUGGCCUACCGCCUGCAACUUCCCCCCACCAUGCGGGUGCAUCUCACGUUCCAUGUGUCCCUCCUCAAGCCCGUCGCCACCUGUCCCCUGGCUUCCCCUCCUCGUCCUGUUCCCCCUGCUGUGCCUCGUAGGAUGGCAGCCGGCUUUUACUGUGGACCGGAUCCUGGACUGCCGGCAGGUGGGGAGGGGUCUCCAAUUUCUGGUGUACUGGGAGGGUUAUGGGCCGGAGGAGCGGUCCUGGGUGCCCAGGAGGGACAUUCUGGACCGACCCAGGGCUGAUAACAACAUUCCGUCGCCUCCACCCGGAGGCGCCGAGGUGAACGGCUGGGGCACUGUUACAGGAGGGGGUCACAGUUCCGGAGCGACCCACUAGGUGUCAUCCUCCGACAACCUUAGGCACCUCCUCACUCACAGUCUGAACUAACCAUUAUCUUAUUGGUGUCACCUGUGUCUACCUGUUCACCUGUGAAUUUAUGCCCUCACUUCCCUGUGUUUCCCUUGCUCUGUUUUUUCUGCUAGUUAUCGAUGCCAAACAGUACUAAUCAGUGUCUGAUCACGAGACGUAUGUACAGGUACUUGAGAACUGUUCUCCCUGUUUCAUUGUUGUUUUCAGUCAUAGUUAGUAUUUUGUAUGUUUGUUGUCAGCCUGUUUUUGGAGACCAAUUUGCUCCCCCUUUAUUUUUUUGUGACAAGUCCGUUAUUUUGUAUCUUGGUUUUGGGACCACCAGUAAAGAUCCUUGUUUCACCAUCUCUGCCUACUGUCUACUGUCUAUCUUGCACCACACCUGGGUAACACCUCACACCAGCCCUAACAGCCUUGGAAAGGUCUAUAAAUAAGGCAGCACAAUGAUUUUUAUGAUCCAAGCAACACAUCAUCUAAAACAAGUAUAGCAGCUGAAACUGUGCUAUGUCCAGAUCUAAAACUGGAUUGGUGCACAUUAAGAACUACAGUGCAAAGUUAAAGAAGUUAUUAGCUGAAAGUUAGUCAGUGAUUCUAAAACUUUGGCUAGGCAAGAUCAUUUUGAAAUUGGACAGUAGUUAUCAAAGUCAGAAGGAUCUCCUCCUUUAUGUCUCCUCUGCUUUCCAGAUCAGUCAGAAGGAUCUCCUCCUUUAUGUCUCCUCUGCUUUCCAGAUCAGUCAGAAGGAUCUCCUCCUUUAUGUCUCCUCUGCUUUCCAGAUCAGUCAGAAGGAUCUCCUUUAGUCUCCUGUUUCAGAUCAUCAAGGUCUCCUCUUAUCUCCCUGCUUUCCAGAUCAGUCAGAAGGAUCUCCUCCUUUAUGUCUCCUCUGCUUUCCAGAUCAGUCAGAAGGAUCUCCUCCUUUAUGUCUCCUCUGCUUUCCAGAUCAGUCAGAAGGAUCUCCUCCUUUAUGUCUCCUCUGCUUUCCAGAUCAGUCAGAAGGAUCUCCUCCUUUAUGUCUCCUCUGCUUUCCAGAUCAGUCAGAAGGAUCUCCUCCUUUAUGUCGCCUCUGCUUUCCAGACCUUAUGGAUAGAAACAAGUGUCAAGUGAAAGAUAUAGGUCAGGGGUCAGGGAGCUCGGCCCCAUUGGUCCACACCACCCUCUCUAGCGCCAUGUGAUCCAGGGCGGUGCUAUUGCCAUACCAAGCGGUGAUGCAGCCAGUCAAGAUGGUCUCAAUGGUGCAGCUGUAGAACUUUUUGAGAAUUUGAGGGCCCAUGCCAAUCCUUUUCAACCUCCUGAGGGGGAAGAGGCGCUGUCGCGCCUUCUUCACGACUGUGUGUGUGUGUGGAUCAUUUGAAGUCCUUAGUGAUUUGGACACCGAGGAACUUGAAGCUCUCGACCCGCUCCACUCCUCGUACAGUUUGUUAAGUGUCAGCUUGUUAUUUUUCUUCCUGAGGUGGAAUGUAUACAACAGUCACGAUAACAGCUGACAACUCCCUCGGGAGGUAGAAGGGUCAGCAUUUGACCAUCAGGUAUUCCAAGACGAGUGAACAAUGGGUCGAGACUUCCACUGCACUCGAGUCAGCAACAAUUUUUUGUUGAUGAAGAGGCAAACCCCUCCUCCUCUCGAUUUCCCUGACUCCACUGUCCUGUCCGCUCGGUGAAUGGAGAAUCCAUUGAGUUGGAUAGCCAUGGGGUCUAUCUUGUCCGAAAGCAAAGUUUCAGAAAAGCUGAGAAUAUUGCAGAUACGAGAGUCCCGUUGGUAGCAAAUCCGCAAUCGGAUGUCAUCCAUCUUAUUAUCAAGAGGAAUAAGAUUGGCCAGUAGAAUGGAGGGAAGAGGUGGCUGGUUUUCCCUUCGCUAUAAUCUCGUAAGGACUCCCCUCUCUUGCCUCUUUAACGUCGGCGUUUCCUCUUGGAUACCCCCAGAAUUGGGUCUGAAUUACAGAAAGAGCCCAGGGCAGAUGAGUCGAAGUCAAAGUUGAAGCUGGAAUUGAGGUAAGUAACUGCCGAUCUGAUGUUUAACAUUCUUGUCGGUUAUAAGAAAUGAUAGUGGAUACAUUUCAUGAAAAUAAAGUAAAAAUAAACGCCAAAAGAAUCCCAAAAUAGCAAAGUUGGUUCGAUGCUCGCAAAACCGCUGCCAUCUUUAUUGGGUUAUUAUAAAACCUAAAAACUGUUGAUUCUGAUAGAUAUUGUAAAUGAUUUCCAUCGACCUGAGGUCUCCUCCUUCGUCUUCCAGGUUGAAGGUCUGCCAGCGUUGAUCCUGUGUUCUGGGGUGGUGGUAGCUUCAGGGAAUGAACCCUUUAGACCAGGGAACUAUGACGUCCUGAGACCGGCCCAGCCCGCUGCUGCUCACUCCUCUAACUCAGACUCUAUAGAAGCAACCAGGCCAAAGCCUCUAACAGGUGAGUGGUCAGCUUUGCAGUGCUUUGGGUUGAUUAGUUACUGAUUGAUUGAAGAAAAAUGUAGCAUGAGCGCUUCAGGUCUUCCAAAACACCCACAGGUGCUCUUGGAGGGGAAUAGUAAUUGAAAAAGCAAAAGGAAGAAUUAUAACAAAUGGGUGUUGAGUGGCAUACAACAAUCCAGGUCCAGGCACAAGUUAAAAAGCCUUUAUUUUGUGGGCUAAGUCAUUAUUUAAAUAAACACCAACGUGUUACGGUUAACACCUUAAUCAGGGUGAUUGAGUCAUAGAUCAAAUUGUUUGAUUGUAUUUUGACUAAAUAUAUUUUUUUUCUUUGAUUUUACUAGGGAGAGGAUCUUAGAAGAAGAAGGGAAGAGGGAGGGACGAGGAGGGGAGAGGGAGGGAGGAAGGGAAGUCUUUGGAGAGGAGAGAGGGCUUCCUCCUUCUCUUUUCUCUUUCUCUUUCUUUCUUUUUCUUUCUUUCUUCUUUCUUCUUUUUCUUGCUUUUUUCUUUUCUUUCUUUCUUUCUUCUUCUUUCUUCUUCUCUCUUUCUCUCUUUCUCUCUUUCUUUCUCUCCCCCUCUCCCGUCAACACUCUAAUCUCUUAGAAAAUAAGACAUCGUUCUCCAGUGGGCGGCGGUCCAGGAACUUCAGCCUGUCAUCAGAGAGAUACUUUGUGAACCAGAUCAACAAGUCUGUGAACGGUAGCUCCCACGGCCAGCCGGUCCGCCUCUCAGAGAGCAUGGAGACAGAGCUGAACCAGAGAGAGACCCGGGGCUCUGUAGAUAUGGAGACAGACACGUAUCAGCUUGUAGAGGACACGGGGAAGACCUCCAUCGUACCGCAGGACGACGAUAUUGAGAAGUCCUUCAGGGUCAACCAAGAUGGCAGCAUGACCGUCGAGAUGAAGGUUAGUACUGUUGUUGUUGUUGUUGUUGUUGAGUAUGUUGAGGAUGUUGUUGUUGUUGUUGAGUAUGUUGAGUAUGUUGUUGUAGUUAUUGUUGUUGAGUAUGGUGUUGUUGUUGUUAUUGUUGUUGAGUAUGGUGUUGUUGUUGUUAUUGUUGUUGAGUAUGGUGUUGUUGUUAUUGUUGUUGAGUAUGGUAUUGUUGUUGAGUAUGGUGUUGUUGUUAUUGUUGUUGAGUACGGUGUUGUUGUUAUUGUUGUUGUUGUUGUUAUUGUUGUUGAGUAUGGUGUUGUUGUUAUUGUUGUUGAGUAUGGUGUUGUUGUUAUUGUUGUUGAGUAUGGUGUUGUUGUUAUUGUUGUUGAGUAUGUGUUGUUGUUGUUAUUGUUGUUGUUGUUAUUGUUGUUGAGUAUGGUGUUGUUGUUAUUGUUGUUGUUGUUAUUGUUGUUGAGUAUGGUGUUGUUGUUACUAAUAUUAUUUAUAUCAUUACUUCCAUUAUUUCUAUAUUUAUGGAACACACCUCUGAUUUGAUUCUGAUUGGCAGGUCCGUCUGACCAUCAAGGAGGAGGAGAUGAUCCAUUGGACGACCACGUUGAGCCGCUCCAGCGUGGUGGCCAAUCAUAAACCAGGAGCCAAGUCGGGCUCCACCCCCCAGUCACCCGACAACAACGUGGAGGCGAAGGACCCUAACAUUGGUCUCAGCGAGGAUGAGACCAAGGAGAGUAACCACCCCAGCCGCAAUGCAGAGAGGGGCGUGGCUUUCUGCGUGACGGACGGUGGAGGGACCGACAGUGGCAGUGGGGGCAGAGCUGGUUCUCUGAAGGCCCACCCCCGUCAGAAGCGGAUGCCGACCCCUGGGCUGAGACAGGUGAAAAAGAAGCAGGCGUCCGUGGAAAGUGUAACCACGGUGACGGAGACAGGUGUCCAGGAGACCAGCCUGGGGACUUUUUCCUACACAGAGCGCACGGCAGACGGGGAGACCACGGGGGGGUACUGUGUGGUCCGGCAGAGCAGCAGCAGCUCCAGGUUACCCGCCAUACCACCUGUCCCCAAGCCCAGGAAGAGUGGCUCGGCUGGGGCCAGCAGGGCCAGCAGGGCCAGCAGGACCGGCUCCCACUCCUCCCUCCGGUCCUCUGGAGUAGCAGAGGUGAUGCAGAUUCAGAACAAUGGUAAUGGCAGGGAGAUCACUGAGACCGUCAUGCACAUCUACGAAAGGGGACAGAACAGCUACGAUAACUACUAUACCAACGCACUGGGGGCCGGGUACGGGACAGGUGGGGAGGGAGGUGGGGGUUAUGCGGGUGAAGCAGGGUAUGAUGGAGGUUGCGGUGGUGGCUCCAACCCCAUGCCGCGGAGUAAACCGGCCUCUUCAGACUCGGGGCCGCGCUCCUCCGUGGACUUCACCCGACCGUCCAGUACCAGCGACUCACUGAACCAACAGAGGGAUGAGAUACUCUCUCUGUCUUCUGAACCCACCUCACCUUCUCAGAAUGUCACCCUUCCAACUCAGAAACAACCAGAGACCCUCAGCAACAAACAGUCGUCUUUCCCAGACAUCGAAGCUCAAGCCGCGUCAGAGUCUCACACGUGGUCCUCUCCUAAAGAGACAGAAUGCCCAAAGGAAUUGGAAUGUUCCGAGACAAAGGAAUUGGAAUGUUCCGAGACAAAGGAAUUGGAAUGUUCCGAGACAAAGGAAUUGGAAUGUUCCGAGACAAAGGAAUUGGAAUGUUUCGAGACAAAGGAAUUGGAAUGUUCAGAGAAAAAGGAAUUGGAAUGUUCCGAGACAAAGGAAUUGGAAUGUUCCGAGACAAAGGAAUUGGAAUGUUUCGAGACAAAGGAAUUGGAAUGUUCCGAGACGAAGGAAUUGGAAUGUUCCGAGACGAAGGAAUUGGAAUGUUCCGAGACAAAGGAAUUGGAAUGUUCCGAGACAAAGGAAUUGGAAUGUUCCGAGACAAAUGAAUUGGAAUGUUCAGAGACAAAGGAAUUGGAAUGUUCAGAGACAAAGGAAUUGGAAUGUUCCGAGACAAAGGAAUUGGAAUGUUCCGAGACAAAGGAAUUGGAAUGUUCCGAGACAAAUGAAUUGGAAUGUUCCGAGACAAAGGAAUUAGGAUGUUCAGAGAGAAAGGAACUGGAAUGUUCCGAGACAGUAGCGAAGAAGGAGGAGGAGGCUGAGGAGGAUGUUCUUGAAGAGAACAAGGAGAAGAGGACAGUGAAGACGAAAGGGAAGCAGAUGAGUCCAACGUCCACUACGAGCUCAAAGAGCAGACAGAAGGACAGUGUGGCAGGGUCUGUUAGGAGUACCAAAAAUAUCCCUGUGAAGAAUGGGACCUUGGCGUUAAACAUAGACGUGAAAGAUUCUGAAAAACGGGGGUUAGCUUCUGAAAAACAGCUGAAUAUGGGUGAGAAGGUCGGAAGAGGGCAAAGAUCCCAGAAGGUCCACACCACUAAGUCUUCCAGGCAGAAGACACAGCCGAGGAAGAACGUGUUUUCUGUUUCCCCAGCCAGACAGACAGACACCGGACAGACAGUCAGACCGACGGUUCGAAAGAUGGCCAGCCAGCCAACCAGAAAGACCUUGGCCAAGCAGAGGUCCAUGUCUAACGAGGACAGAACCAAAUCCCCCAAACAGACUCUGCUGAGUGAGAGCUUCUCCAUGCCUGUCUUGCACCCCCCUCCAGCCCCCUCUGGGGUACACCAGUACGUAGAGAACUGGCUGCAGAACAUCGCCCCAGAGUCCGUCCCCUAUGUCCCCUACAUGGAGGAGGGAGGCCAGGACACAGAAGAGACUGAACCCAGGACACAGAAGAGAUCGAACCCAGGACAAGGUGUGUUGUGUUGUUGUGUGAUGUAUGGAGGGGUUGGGUACAGCAGAAUAUAAAAUUUAAGGUGCCGAUAGAUGAAUACAUCUUCUCUUCUUCUUCUUUCUUCUUCUUCUUUCUUAUUCUUCUUCUUCUUCUUCUUCUUCUGCGUCUUCGUCUUCGUCUUCUUAUUCUUUUCUUCUUCUUUUCUUCUUCUUAAGGUAAACAUGGAGGAGGGGGGAGGCCAGGGACAAGAAGGAGACUGAACCCAUGACCAAGGUGUGUUGUGUGUGUGUGUGUAUUGGAGGGGUUGGGUACAGCAGAAUAUACAUUUAGUGCCGUAUAGAUGAAUACAAUCUUCUUCUUCUCUUCUUCUCUUCUUCUUCUUCUUCUUCUUCUUCUUCUUCUUCUUCUUCUUCUUCUUCUUCUUCUAAGGUAAACAUGGAGGAGGGAGGCCAGGACACAGAAGAGACUGAACCCAGGACCAAGGUGUGUUUGUGUGUGUGUGUAUUGGAGGGGUUGGGUACAGCAGAAUAUACAUUUAAGUGCCGUAUAGAUGAAUACAAUCUUCUUCUUCUUCUUCUUCUUCUUCUUCUUCUUCUUCUUCUUCUUCUUCUUCUUCUUCUUCUUCUUCUUCUUCUUCUUCUUCAGGUAAACAUGGAGGAGGGAGGCCAGGACACAGGGGAGCCUGAACCAAGGACCAAGGUGAUCUUCCAGAUAGGAGCUGACUCAGAAGUCGAGUCAGAAGUGAAGAGUGGUUACCCAGAGGAUCAGCAUCUGUCCCAGUUGGGAGACCACCUCUCAGUGGGAGGCCUGUCCAUGUCCUGCCUGUCUGUCCCUGUCAGCAACGCCGAGGCUCAGGUCGAGCUCUCUAACCCCCAGAGGACCAGGAAGCUCUGUUCCUCUAUGCCCAGUGUCAGGUCGGUCUACCUUUAUUUAUUUUCAUUUUAUUUAACCUUUUAUUUAACCAGGAAAGUCCCAUUGAGAUAUAUAAUGUUUUUUACAAAGGAGACCUGACCAAGAAAGCAGCAGCAAGUAGCUAAGAAGUCAGUAUCACAGCAAAUGUUUGUAAAUCUUCCAUACCAAAUAUUGUAGUUUUAGGAUUAUUGUAUUGCAUACAUUGUAUUUUUCAUAUAGUAUUACAAUUAUUGAGCUAUUUUAGGAUUGUACUAUUUGAUGACAAUCUAUGAUUGUAAAUUGGUUUACAAUUCAGUCUAUGACUGCGAGCUCCGUAAACUCCAUUAAUACAACGACUCUAUGGGCCUAUUGGCUGUUAAGGCUUACUUGUGGACUGUUAAGGCUUACUUGUGGAAUGUUAAGGCUUACUUGUGGACUGUUAAGUACUUCUGGGGGGAAUGGCCCUAGCCCUCACCCUCCGAUUCCAACCGGUCCCAGACGUGCUCAAUGGGAUUGAGAUCCGGGCUCUUCGCUGGCCAUGGCAGAACACUGACAUUCCUGUCUUGCAGGAAAUCACGCAUAGAACGAGCAGUAUGGCUGGUGGCAUUGUCAUGCUGGAGGGUCAUGUCAGGAUGAGCCUGCAGGAAGGGUACCACAUGAGGGAGGAGGAUAUCUUCCCUGUAACACACAGCGUUGAGAUUGCCUGCAAUGACAACAAGCUCAGUCCGAUGAUGCUGUGACACACCGCCCCAGACCAUGACGGACCCUCCACCUCCAAAUCGAUCCCGCUCCAGAGUACAGGCCUCGGUGUAACGUUCAUUCCUUCAACGAUAAACGCGGAUCCGACCAUCACCCCUGGUGAGACAAAACCGCGACUCGUCGUGAAGAGCACUUUUUGCCAGUCCUGUCUAGUCCAGCAACGGUGGGUUUGUGCCCAUAGGCGACGUUGUUGCCAGUGAUGUCUGGUGAGGACCUGCCUUACAACAGGCCUACAAGCCCUCAGUCCAGCCUCUCUCAGCCUAUUGCGGACAGUCUGAGCACUGAUGGAGGGAUUGUGCGUUCCUGGUGUAACUCGGGCAGUUGUUGUUGCCAUCCUGUACCUGUCCCGCAGGUGUGAUGUUCGGAUGUACCUGUGCAGGUGCUGUUACACGUGGUCUGCCACUGCGAGGACGAUCAGCUGUCCGUCCUGUCUCCCUGUAGCGCUGUCUUAGGCGUCUCACAGUACGGACAUUGCAAUUUAUUGCCCUGGCCACAUUUGCAUUCCUCAUGCGUCCUUGCAGCAUGCCUAAGGCACGUUCAUGCAGAUGAGCAGGGACCAUGGGCAUCUUUCUUUUGGUGUUUUUGAGAGUCAGUAGAAAGGCCUCUUUAGUGUCCUAACUUUUCAUAACUGUGACCUUAAUUGCCUACUGUCUGUAAGCUGUUAGUGUCACAGAUGGAUGUUCAUUAAUUGGGAUGGGAAACAGUGUUUAAACCCUUUACAAUUAAGAUUUGUGAAGUUAUUUGGAUUUUUACAAAAUAUCUUUGAAAGACAGGGUCCUGAAAAAGGGACUUUUUGCAGAGUUUAUUAUUCCGACUACUACUACUACUACCACUACUACUACACUACUACUACUGAUACUACUACCACUGCUACUACUACUACUGCUACUACUGCUACUACUACUACUUCUACUUCUACAACUACUACUACUACUACUACUUCUACUUCUACAACUACUACUACUACUACUGCUACUACUACUACUACUACUACUACUACUACCACUACUACUACUACUACUACUACUGCUGUUGCUACUACUACUACUACUACUACUACUACUACUACUACUACUACUACUAAUACUAAUACUACUACUACUACUACUAUUCCUCCUCCUCUAACUAUAUUCCAAUUAUUACUACUACUACUACUACUACUACUACUACUACUACUACUACUACUACUACUACUACUCUAAAUAUAUUAAUAUUACUACUACUAAUACUGCUACUACUACUACUACUACUACUACUACUACUACUAAUAUUAAUACUACUAAUAUUAAUACUACUACUACUACUACUACUACUAAUUUAACCCUUCGUUCUACUACUUCUCUAAGUCUAUACUUACUACUACUACUACUAUACUCUACUCCUCUAAUGCUAUUCCUCCUCCUCCUCCUCCUCUUCCUCCUCCUACUACUACUACUACUACUACUACUACUACUACUACUACUACUACUACUACUACUACUACUACUACUACUCUAACUAUAUUCUUACUACUACUACUACUACUACUACUACUACUACUACUACUACUACUACUACUACUGCUACUACUACUACUGCUACUGCUACUACUACUACUAUUACUACUACUACUAACGCUAUUCCUACUACUACUACUACUACUACUACUACUACUACUACUACUACUACUACUACUACUACUACUACUACUACUACUACCCACUACUAAUACUACUGCUACUGCUACUACUACUCUAACGCUAUUCCUACUACUACUAGGAUCGACCCGGAGGAACAGCAGAGCAGGCUCGGUCUCCUCCACCGCUCAGCGUCCUUUGUCCCUCAUCCUGUAGAGCACAGUGAGUCUUCCUCCUCCACCCACCACCUCCUUAGCCCCAAGGCCACGCUGACACCGGUCUUCCGUCAGCUCUGCUCCUCCAUACAGUGCAUCAGACAGGCCUCCCAACCUCCUGCCAGCCUGGAGAAAUCACACAGCAUGCCUGACUUCUCCUCUCAG